AUGUUUUAUUCAAUUGAACUACUUUCUCUUAGAAGAAAAGGCAAAUUGGCGCGAUGUUGGUUAGCUGCGACUUUUAGUGAAAAGAUGUUUAAAAGAACUUGUAAGCCGGCGCUGAUUAAAAAAAUUAAUGUAGCCCUUGUUUGGUAAGAUGCCAUUUUCUAUUUUAAAAAUUCAAUUAAUUCAAUCAUUUUAUCUAGAUAUCAUUUUAUUUCAUUGUUGCAAUGAAAUAAUAUAAUUAUUUCUAUAUGUACCUAUUAAAUAAAUGAUUAUAUUAUUCGCUUAUUGUUAUAUUUUUAGUGAGGAAAUUUUAACAACUAUUGAAAUACGAAAUGGAAGAAAUUAUGGCAGAUUUAGUCUCUAUCUUUCUUCGCAAUUAAUGUAUGGCGCUGCAAAAAUACUUUUUUACCAGACAAAAUAUUUUCAAGGUCGUAUAGAACAGAAUUUAACGGGUUAACAACUUUAGAAUUACCAGAUGUCCCUCCCAUAAGCGAAGUAUUUCGGAAUUUAGAAAUGUCAUCGAAUUUACAUUUGAUCACAGAAGAACCAUAUACUUCUGCUAUAGAACAUUUGAAAUGAAAUACGAAGAUUUCAUUGGGAACAAUCAGCAGAAAUUCCUGGAGAAUCGAUACGGGUUUCUUUAGUUGAUGUUAACAAAUUUGAAAUUGAUACAAUUGAAACUGAAAAGGAGACACGAGUAGCAUCCGCUGGAAGUGAUCAACGUAAAUCUUUGAUUGUUUCUAAAGAUAGAAGAAGACUUACUACCUGCACUUCCAAUUGAACCAUUACCUGAACCUUUAGCUGAACCAGCAUCAAUAACUAAAGUUUUACUUCCACCUGAAUUACCAUCUGAAUUACAACAAGAAAGUUUACCUGUUCUUGAAAUUACAGAAUUACCAGAAGUAACAAAAUCAAGAAAAAGAAGAAAACUUUUUGACAGACAGAUUAAAUUAUCUGACACUCUUAUGCGGAAAUAUAUCCAGAAUGUUACAGCUCAUACCAUACAACAGCCCUGGUUUAUGCCUACUUUACCAUCAGCAAAGGAAUAUCUAAGGCAACCAUCAACAAAAAUUUUCAAUAAAUUAUGGGGAGAAACAUUAACUACAUUUUUUAGUCAAUAUUUUAUCAAACCUUUAGCGCAAACAGUUCAAGAUGAAUUUCAAGAUAUCUUUUUUGAAAUAGAACGAACAAUAGCUGGAGAAACCAUUCGCAUGGACGUUUUAAGUAGAACAGACGAAUUAACAGAGAAAACUUAUAUAAGAAAAGAUAUGACUACUACAUAUGAAAUGAUUGAUCCAUCUAAAAUAUCAGAACAGAUACUUUCGACAGAAAAUCUUGAAAGAAAAGAACUAGAAGAAAAAAAAAAAGAAACUAAAGAUUCUGAGGAAACUCUAAUACCUGAUCUUCCUGAAAUUACAGAUUUUGAAGAAAAAAUUGGGUCAAAGACGUGUUUGACCAAAAAAGAAUUGUUAGUAUUAAUGGAAAUUCAUUGGCGUGAAAAAACAAUAAUAAAAUUUCAUACUUUAAUUUCACCAGAAAAUUACAAUAAACUUGAUGCUGCAACCGCAUUUCGAUAUUGUUUAGAAUUUCAUGCAGAAAAAGAUUUAAUUCUGAAACAAGCUGAACCUUAUGAUACAAUUUGGAUAGAGAAAUAUCCUCAUUAUAUUUCAAAAAAUGACAAUGACAUUGCUACAGUAUAAUUAUUUGUUAUGAUUAAUUAUAAUUAAUCAUAUAAAAGAUGCCACAUAGUAAAAUAUUUAUCAUAUAAAUUUAUUUUUAUAAAACAAAUAUAUAAUAAAUGUAUAAUAUUACGUAUUUAACAUAUGGUAUACAUAUAAUAUAAGCAUUUAUCACUACAAAUUGUUUUUAAAAUAGAAUUUAAACUUAAAUUGUUCUGCCAUAUGUUUUGAACAUAGAUUAUAAUAAAGCUUUUCUUUAAUAGAAAUGUUAUUAUAUAAAAGUAUAUUCUUGCUCACAGUAUAGAAAUUAGUAUCUGUUAUGUUUAUAGUAUUCUGCACAAUUAAUAAUAUAUUACUUACAAAAUCAUUUUAAUAAUAUUUUUAGUGCACAUAAUGUAACAAAACGCUUAUUUUAUUUAUGAAUAAAGAAAACUUUUUUAUUGAAGCAAAUUUUGUCAAAUUUUUUAACAUGUUCAUUAUUUAUAGACACUUGUUA